AUGCGUCGACUGCAGCGCUACAUCACCGUCACCACUUCCUCCUGGCGUGGUCGCUGCACAAUCAGCGGCACCCCCAGACUCCUCUGUUACUUUCAGGGAAACUCGUCAGAAUGCACACCGCGUUGCCGUCAUCAGCGCUGCCUUGCUCGUGCGCAUGAGAAGACCGUUGAGCCGAGUACCAUCAGGAGUCACCCACCACAGCGAGGGCGUCGGAGACAUGUUCUUGCUGAAGUAUAUGGGAGGCAGGCCAGUCGCGCAGCAGCCGUUGAUGUUGACGUGACGGUCACAUGUAGUUCCCUUAUGAGUGAGUUGCAGCGCCUGUUUCCCUGGAGCACCUCCUACUGCCUGUGGCAGGAGCGACGACGGCAGACGUCAGCGCCUUCUGCUAGGUCAGCUUUGUCGUCGGCUGCAGCGCAGGAGGAGGACUGCACAUCAUCAGAGCCGUACACCUCAGGCGAGGGUUAUGACUGGCGGCGUCUGUUCCUCGUGCGCUAUGAGCCCCAUCCUGCACUUCUAUCCGCCACGCUCACCACACAGAGGGGCGGUGCUGAACGAGGCUGCAGUGGCGCCUCUGCCGCUACUGCAGUUGGCGCGGCCAGGCGCGGCCACAGAGCGAGCCAGCGGUGCUCUCGAUCAAGCCGGCAAAGCCGAGCAGACAUCUGUGGAACCACGCUGAGCACGGCGGCUGCGUUACUCAACUUAGCCACGCCGACUGCGGCGGUAGCAGGGGGCACAUGUGAAAGCCGCGCGCUGCAGCUGUGGCAGGCGGUGCUACUGUCAUCAUCAUCGUGGUGCAUGGAGGCCUCUUCUUGUCCACACAACAAGUCGCAGGUAAGCGGCUCAUCGCAUACCUCGCCGGGAGACGCCGCGCGCGCGAUGGUGGCUGGUCGACAAGGUUGCCGUGCGGGUCCACGGACGCCUGCGGCAAGGAUGGCGGACAGCCCAACUGCACGCUACGCUGGCAAAGGCGUGCGAACCAAGCGGACCGCAGUGCCUUCAAACAUGCCGUCUGAGUUUCCGGCGCCACCGCUCCUGGCGUGGACUGCCCCUCCUUCCUACGAACUCUACUACCUUUCGGGAGACGUCGAUCGCCCGAGGCGCCGCGCCGCUUCGUCUGGCCAGCUCGAUUCAGCCCCAACGACGGGGGCAACGAGGCCUCCACUCGAGCACCGACCCCAACGCAGCGACAUCGUACGUCGACUGCGGCGAGUGGGAUGCCUGCAUGCGAUACCUGGUCUGCCGCAACUUCCGCCGAUGCUGCUGAGCCGUGAGGACGCAACGCCCUCCGCAGAGGCGCGUGAUGGCUCACUGUUGGUGUGCGCCGAGAGCACGCACCCGCGCACAAAGUGUGUCGCACAGGAAGGCGCGGAUGAAACCAACACGCUGCAGGUGGCGGCAGCAGCUGACAAGGCACACGACAUCAGAGAUGACGGUGACACAUUUGUGGAGGAGGGGGACGUGCUGGGUGGCACUGUCUGCUCCUUGCACGACUACUGCCUCUACCUAACCGGGAGCGGUCAUCUCGAAGAGGAUGAGGCUGUCAAUGGCGCGGACAAGGCAGCGUAUCGGUCGCCGUCCCACACGGGCCAGCCCGCCACAGAUUCGCCAGCUUCCAGUGGCCGAGGUGCACGUGUGUUCGAGAGGGCAUGUGAACGCGUCGGUGGCACUACAGGCGUCUCGCACGUCGCCCCUGUUGACGCCGCCGCGGCUGCUUCAUCGCCGUCAUCCCCAUCACCGACUAUCAACGCAGCCGCCCCUGCGGCCAUGUGCUUUUUCGCUUCGCCCCUGUCCCGCGGUGCGGAGCAGGCAGGCCGAGGGACUCGUUCGACUACUUUCGCGGAGCGCUGGGGUGUGCUGGGAGACGACGAGGGAGGCACGGAGGACUUCUCAGGGUUGUAUGGGCACCAGCAGCAGCAGCAGUUGGACAGGAAACAGGCCGGCGCCACCGCAGGUAUUCAUCCGCGCCGACUUUACGAAGACGUCGGUCACCAUCACUGGAACUGCAUCUCAUGCCGCGCCUUCGUGGAUGAAAUGGUUCGGGUACGUCAUCGCUCCCACGAGCCCAGCAGCGUAACAGCUGCCCUCUCUGCACAUCCCUCGGCACCACCGCAACGGGCAUCCAUCGCAGCGCCUGCGCCCAGGCGUCAGCAGCAAGCGGCCCAUAAUCGGCAUGAACGCACUGCAUCGACCUCAGGCGGUGCAGUGCUGCCUUUCUCAUCGACGCCUUGUGCCGCCCCCUCGCUGUGGGUGUCCGACCUACCGGAGAUGGGCUGUUCUGUAGCGGCACUCUCUGCGUCUCACGGUGUUGGCGUCUUACUAGCGCACCCGCACGAGUGGAUUUACUUCAGCGUUCUCUUUCACGUGCACGCGGCGCAGUUGCCGAGUGCAUGCGCACACUCUGCUGCGAGACUUGCCUCUCACCGAAGUCUCGACCUCUCGCAUCUCUACUGCUUCCUGGAUCCACCGUGCCGUCUGUCCACCGAGGAGCUGGAGGAGUGGGCGCGCGCGACACGAGAGCGGCGGAGCGAGCGUGAACGGGCGCGUGGUCGGUGCCACAACCAUCGCCGCGCCGGCCACAGCCGUGGUGAAGAAGAAGAGGGCGGCAAACACAUUAGGCGUGCUCCGCCGUCUUCACCGCCCGCUUACUGCGCUGCCGCGCAGACUCACCCCCAUGCGUCACGACUCAGCUGCGGUACCACCACUUCUUGUCGUGCGACAGCUGUGGCCAGUGAGCCUCCUUCGCCCUCCGCGGCAUUGGCGGCGGCGCCGUCGAUGGCGGGCCCACGUACGUGGCUCGUCUAUGUGCACCCCGACGUGUCGCUCCGAACAUUGCCGCGGCUGUGGGCCUGCGCAGUAGGCGAGGCUGCCUCAGGCAGCGGCAGCGAGGCGGGGGUGGGAGUGGGUGAGCACGAGGACGCCCUGCCUUCUUAUUUUCAUUCGGCUCUGGCGCGCACACAACGGCGACAGGCGGCUGAGGUGGAGAUGGUAUGUCGCUAUCUUCUGCCGAGGACGUCGCUGCGGCGGGGUCCCUCUCCUGCGUUGCUCGCGCGCCAGGCGCAAGCCUCCGUCGGUGCGCGGGCACGUCGCUCACGUGGCUCUCUGGCCCCUGCAGCGCCAGCCAAAGCCACCACCGCGGUGGCUUUUCCGACGCCAUCCACGGAAACCCUGGUGACGCCUGACGCUGCUGCGCAACGACUGUCCACCUCCGCUGCGGCAUUGCCUCUCGAAGAUGAUGAACACCGACAGCGGCAACUGCAAGCGCUGGCAUGCGGGUUCGCAGUAUCGCCACUACCACGCAGCAUAGACCUGCUAAAGCGGCGCCACUGGCUGACAAAGCCAUUUGUGCUAGUGGAGGAAAUGAAGUACGGUCGCGUGAUCAAGUACGGUCCCACAGAGCUAGCGGCACCACGCGUGCUGUGA